AUGGGCGGAGUCAGAGCAGAGAGUUGGGGUGUAGGAGAUGAGGAGAAUGGGGUAGGCUUCAUGAUGGAAGGAGAUACGACGGCAAAGAAUGUGGAGGUCGGGUGUUACAUGGAGGCGCAUGGUGAGCACCACACGCAGAUGUUCCUCUUAGCUUCCUACCUCUUCCCUGCUGCCCUAAUUUCCCCCUACGACUCAAUCAUGCCUCAAGCUACUCUCUAA